CUCGGCGUGGAGCUCGAGCUCCAGGAGUUAUUUGUAUCAGAAGAUAACUUCCAUCUCCAGUCCCUGUUCAGCCAGGGGGCAGUGACUUGACUCAAGACAGCUGUGGGUCACCCCCUUUCCUUUUCCUGGCAUGAGAUAGAGCACAGGGAAGAGAAGUGGGGCAAGAAAUGACUGACUCUGUUACUGCAUGGUGCCUCUUUGAAGGAAUAUUAAAAGACUGUCCUCUAAAGACUCAUGUUGCCUGAGGAAGAAGCCCGGAAGAGGAGGGAGAGGAAAGAAAGGGAGUCAGGAAUGGCUGUUUCUCAGGAACAGUUGACAUUCAAGGAUAUUGACAUAGAAUUCUCUCAGGAGGAAUGGGAAUGCCUGGAACCUGCUCAGCGAGCCUUGUACAGGGACGUGAUGUUGGAGACCUACAGGAACCUCCUCUCCCUAGACAUCUCUCCUAUACACAUGAUCAAGAAAUUACAACUAAAAGUAAACACUGGUAGAGGAGAAGUAUUACAAACAGUGAUGUUGGGAAGACAUGAAAGGAAUAAAAUGAAACAUGUUUACCUCAGGGAAAUCCAGGAAAAUAUAUCUGACUUUGAGUCUCAGCAGAGAGAUGAGGUAAGAAAUUACAGAGGAACUCCUAUGUCCCAUAAUGAAAAUCCUACUGAUAAGAGAGAUGGACUUGGUAGGAGUGUUGCAGGAAUUAAGCCUAUUGAAAAUAGGCUUGCAUCAAGCUUUCGGGAUGAACUGCAUGUAUUUAAAAGUGAACAAAAAAUUGAUGGAUUUAAUCAAGCUGACAAGAAUAUCAACAGUAGUGCCUCAUUUUCACCACUUCAGACAAUUUCUCCUGUUGUCCAAACAAGCAUUUCUGAUACAAAUGGGAAUGAUUUUAUGCAUCCUUCAGUACUGACACAAGACCAGAGGGCACACAGGGAACAACCUUACAAAUGUAAUGAGUGUGGCAAAACCUUUCAUCAGGGGUCACACAUCACUGGACAUCAGGUAGUCCAUACAGAAGAGAAUUUAUAUAAAUGUGACAUAUGUGAAAAAGUCUUUAGUCAAAAAGCAUACCUUGCAAUUCAUCAGAGAAUUCAUACUGCAGAGAAACCUUACAAAUGUAAUGUGUGUGAUAAAAUGUUUCAUCACAGCUCGAAUCGUAGAAGACAUCAGAGAAUCCAUACAGGAGCAAAACCAUAUAAAUGUGAUGUAUGUGGCAGAGUCUUUAAUCGAAAUUCAAUCCUUGCACUUCAUCAGAGAAUUCAUACUGGAGAGAAACCUUACAAAUGUAACGAGUGUGGGAAGGUCUUUAGUCGAAAAGGAACCCUUGCAAGUCAUCGGAGAAUUCAUACUGGAGAGAAACCUUACAAAUGUAAUGAGUGUGGUAAAACCUUUUAUCACAGCUCAAUCCUCACUCGACAUCAGAUAAUCCAUAAAGGAGUGAAAUUAUAUAAAUGUGAUAUGUGUGGCAAAGUUUAUAGUCGAAAUUCAAAUCUUGCAAUUCAUCAGAGAACUCAUACUGGAGAGAAGCCUUACAAAUGUAAUGAGUGUGGCCAGAUCUUUAGUCAAAAAGCAACGCUUGCAUUUCAUCAGAGAAUUCAUACUGGAGAGGAACCUUACAAAUGUAAUGAGUGUGGCAAAGUCUUUAGUCAAAAAGCAACCCUUGCAAGGCAUCAGGUAAUUCAUACUGGAGAGAAAUGUUACAAAUGUAAUGAGUGUGGCAAAACCUUUCAUCAGAGCUCAACCCUCACUCGACAUCAGAUAAUCCAUACAGGAGAGAAGUUAUAUAAAUGUGAUGUAUGUGGCAAAGUUUAUAGUCGAAAUUCAGACCUUGUAAUUCAUCAGAGAAAUCAUACUGGAGAGAAACCUUACAAAUGUAAUGAGUGUGGCAAGACCUUUAAUUACAGAUCGAAACUCAGUAGACAUCAGUUAAUCCACACAGAAGAGAAAUUAUAUAAGUGUGAUGUAUGUGGCAGAGUCUUUAGUCAAAAUUCAUAUCUUGCAAGACAUCAGAGGAUUCACACUGGAGAGAAACCUUACAAAUGUAAUGAGUGUGGCAAAACCUUUAACGAUAAGUCAGCCCUCAGUCGACAUCAGAUGAUCCAUACAGGAGCAAAACCAUAUAAAUGUGAUUUUUGUGGCAAAGGCUUUCGUCGUAAUUCACACCUUGCAGGUCAUAAGAGAAUUCAUACUCGAGAGAGACCUUAUAAAUGUAAUGUCUGUGACAAGGUCUUUACUCAAAAUUCACACCUCAGGAUUCAUCAGAGGAUUCAUACUGGAGAGAAACCUUACAAAUGUAAUGAGUGUGGCAAGGUAUUUAGUCAAAAUCCAACCCUUGCAAAGCAUCAGAGAAUACAUACUGGAAAAAAAACCUUACAAAUGUAAUUAGUGUGGUAAGGUCUUUAGUCAGAAUUCACUACUUGCAACUCAUUGUAGAAUACAUGCUGUAGAGAAACCUCUCAAAAAUAUUGAGUGCUGAAAAGCCUUUACUCAGAUUUCAACCCUCCCUACACAUUAGGUAAUAAAUACAGAGGGGAAACCAUAUUAAUGUAAUAUAGGUGGGAAGGACUUGCUUCAAAAUUGACACUUUAAGUUCAUGGGAGAUUCAUAGUGGUAGAAAUCAUGCAAAUGUCUUCAAUGUGACAAAGCCUUACCUAUG